GAUGGCGUUAAAACCUUAGACAAGUAGCUUUUAUAUGUUUUUUUCCUUUUAACAUCGGAGAGGCUGUCCUGCCCAGAGCUGUUGGUCGACCUACGAUAGGUUUUAGUGAUAAGUAGUGAGUGUAGGCUGUUCAACGAAAUGCUAUGACGACAAAGACGCUAGCUUGAUGACGACUACAAUUCCCAGUGUGACGUUCUCUUUCAGCUCUCCGGAAGUAACAUGGCAGCGCUGAACUUUGAUAAGUAACCUAUUCUUUUUUUUUUUAUUUCGGAGAAGGAAAGCCAUGUCAAAGUAUCCUGUUACGCAGCUGCGAGAGUUGCUCAUUAGUAUACAAUCAGAGAGUAACCCAAAAGAGCGUGUUUAAUGGGAAGAAGAGGAGUGGCUCCAUGCCAACGUCUCCUGCUCCGGAGCUGCUGGCCGACCUGUGGAUCAUGAUCAUGGGGAGCACGCUGGGCAAAUGUGCCGCCGCCGACUUCGGCAUCCAGUGGGUCGGCUGGGCGCUGGCGGCUGCGCUCAAAACCGAGAAGUUCUACGACUUGGCAGGAUCUGGCACUUUUAUCCUGCUCGCCCAUUUGAGUCGUAUCUGGGGAGGAGGCGGUCACCUUCGUCAGAAUGUUCAGACGGGGCUGGUGACGGCGUGGGGGCUCAGGCUGGGAACAUUCCUCUUCCUGCGCGUCUUGAAGGACGGCCACGAUCGAAGGUUUAACAAUGUCAGAGACAGCCCGGGGACCUUCUUUGUGUACUGGACUAUUCAAGCCCUGUGGGUGUUCAUGACGCUGCUGCCCACCCUCAUGCUCAACAGCGAAAAGCGAGACGCCCCACUGGGACCGAAGGACUACGUAGGCUGGACCCUGUGGGGUCUGGGCUUUGCCACCGAGGCCGUCGCCGACCAGCAGAAAUGGCUCUUCAAGCGCGACCCGGAUAACGUGGGGAAGUUCAUCCAGAGCGGACUGUGGGCCUACAGCAGACACCCAAACUAUUUCGGGGAGAUCCUGCAGUGGUGCGGUCUGUGGCUGUCGGCCUCAUCGGUCAUGCGGGGUCCUCAGUAUCUGAGCGUGGUCUCGCCGAUGUUCGUCUGGUUCCUGCUGCGCCACGUCAGCGGCAUUCCCAUCCUGGAGAAGCAGGCCGUGAAGAGGUGGGGUUCCGACCCGACCUUCCAGGACUACCUCAGAAACACGCCUCUGCUGUGGCCGUGGCCCAAAUGUUGACUUUUCCCCUCACUGAUCAGUGGCAAAACAUUGAGCACAGGACUUUUUGCAAGAAAAUAUACAUGAAGUUCAAAUAUUUCUAACAUUAAAAUGGCAUCUUUACCAAA